AUGUUAUGCUGCUGUGGAACAACAGGCAUCCCAGGUGUCCCCGGUGUCCCCGGUGUACCUGGUGCUCCAGGAAGAGACGGGGUAAAAGGAGAUGCUGGAUCACCAGGAGAAAAGGGAAAUCCUGGAAAAUGUAAUUUAAAAUUUACUAAAGGUGAGAAGGGAGAUCCUGGAAGUUCCGGGUUACAAGGUAUGAAAGGUGAAAAAGGAGAAUCUAACGCUCAUGCAAACGAUGAAAUAUUUUUGUCUACAUGGAAGCAAUGUGCUUGGCGGAGAGCCGACAAUAAAGAUCAUGGAUUGAUACAGAACAAAGGGAAAUGUUUAUUUUAUUAUUUGGAUGAAAGGUGCAAUAGUUGUUGCAAACGUUGGUAUUUUACUUUCAAUGGAGUUGAAUGUAAAAACCCUCUUCCUAUUGAUGGAGUUCUUUACAUGGACAAUGGAAAGUCACAAAAUAUACAUCGACAUCGUCACAUCGAAGGAUAUUGUAACAAAAUCCAUAAAGGAAAAGUGCAAGUUGGAUUCUGGGUCGGCAAUUGUGCAGGUUUCGGUAACGCAGAUGCAUUCAGUGGAUGGAAAUCAGUUUCUCGUAUUGUUAUUAAAGAGGUUCCUCCUCCACAAGAAUAAUUCCUUUAUUCACUUUUCUAUUUAACUCUAUUUUAUGUUAAAGCUUCCAUUUAGUUGAAAAUUCAUGUGUAUUUUAUGACAAUAAUUCAGUUUUGUAAUUUUAAGGAGUUGAGUAAGUCUAUUAUUUACUCCUCAACGAAUAAUACUAUCAAUGCCACAUAAAACGAAAAUAAGUUGAUUAAAAUUUUAAAUUCAAUCAUAUAGAAGAUGAAUUAUUCUUACGAUGACCUACAUGAAUAAAUCUUUGUUUUAAGGAACUGUUUCACUCGGAUCGUUGCUGCGAGUGAAAAUUAGGCCAAAUAAAAAUUAUUGCAAUUUCAGAAUCUUUUUCAUUUUAGUACAUGGAGUAAAGAGAGACGCAGUAUCAGCAAAAUAAGAGACGCCGCGAAACCAGGAAGUUCUGGUUUUAAGGGAGGGAAGAAUAAUUAUAUGAUGCAAACAUAAACAUUUUUACAAAAUGGAAACUAUAUGCUUGGAAGAAAUAUGACGAGAAUGAUAAUAAAUUACUUUAGUAAUAACUA